AUGAGUGACGUGCAAGCGAAUAACUCGUGGUUUCAAGAGGGCGUGGAUGGGAGAAUGAAGAAGAGUUUUACACCGAUGCAAAAAGUUACAUCGGCGAUUACGCAACUUGCAACUGGUAACCUUCCAAACGAGAACGACGAAUAUUUAAAUAUGGCCAAAAGGACUUCCCGUUCACAAAACGACAUCAACGUACUCCAACAAUCUCCGUUAUUUCUUACUCAACGAAAUAGAACUGAACCAAAAUGUCCAUUUUACGUGAACAACCACUUGUACAAACGUGGAUACUAUCUUGCAGAUGGAAUCUACCCUACUUGGUCCGUGUUUGUGAAAUCAAUUCAGUAUCCUCAGAUAGUGAAAGAAAAGAAGUUCCAGAGGCAACACGAUGCGGCAAGAAAAGACGUGGAACGGGCUUUUGGUGUUUUAAAGGAAAAAUGUGGUGUACUUAAUCGAUCGAUGUGUGCUAUGAGUGUAAAAAAGAUUAGGAAUGUCUUAUAUGUGUGCAUUAUUAUGCAUAACAUGAUUCUAAAAGACGACGAAAACACGAUUACACAGGUACAUAUUCGGGAUCCUCCAGUCGAGCACGUUUUCGAUGAUACUGUUUAUAACGAGCUCAUUGAUGAAGAUACGCAUUAUAGACUAAAAUAUGAUCUUGUGGAGCAUCUUGGAGAACAAGAUUUACCCCACCUUUUGGCGGAUUCCGACGACAAAUAG